AUGGGUAUCGCUCCGUCUGUUGCCAUACCGCAGGGGACUGUGGUUGGCACUGUCAUGGCUGAUGCCGCUUUGCGCCGUCCUGUGGACGCUUUCCUUGGAGUACCGUAUGGCCAGGCGCCAAUCGGCGAAGGGAGAUUCAAGCGUGCGCUGCCCGUGAACCCGUCAAACGCGACCAUCGAUGCUUCAAAACACGGGAAAAGAUGCGCUGCCGGGCCUCUGACUAUGCCUGCAACCGACUGGGGUGAAGACUGCUUGAAUUUGAAUCUUUUUCGCCCCAAAGAUAUGCCUCCAAACAGUAAAUUGCCCGUCGCCAUAUACCUCCAUGGUGGCGCUUUCAAUGGCGGUGCUGGCAAAUCGCAUAAUUCCGCAAAUAUGCUCUCUUGGUCGGAAGAACCUUUUAUCAUUGUGAAUUUUAAUUAUCGACUUGGUGCACUCGGCUUCCUCCCAUCGGCCAUCAUGGCAAAAGAAAAGCAGCUGAAUCUGGGCCUGCACGACCAAAUAUUACUAUUGGAGUGGGUCCAAAAUAAUAUUGGAGCUUUUGGUGGAGAUCCGAACCAAGUAACGCUAAUUGGUCUAUCCGCCGGUGCUCAUUCGAUUGGACAUCAUAUUAUGCAUGAAACGAAGCCAAAGCAACUCUUCCACCGAGCCGUUCUUGAGUCCGGUGCCACUACUGCUCGUGCAAUUUAUCCACCCGAUAACCCCCUACAUAAACAGCAAUUCGAUGAGUUUCUCACAGAAGUCAAAUGCUCCGGGCUUGCUGAAAAUGCAAUACUACCUUGCCUACGAGGUAAACCCGCUCUUGACGUUGCGCGCGCCUCGGAAACGAUCUUCAAUCGCUAUGGCCCCUCCAAUCGAUGGGCCUUCCAACCCGUCAUUGACGGUGACAUAAUAAAGGACUCUCCUACCAAGAACUGGCAAUCUGGUAUCUGGAAUAAGGUACCCAUCCUGACAGGUUUCAACACAGACGAAGGCGCUCCUUUCACGCCUUCCGGCCUGUCAAAAUCUGAGGAAUUUUCCAACUUCUUCCGGACCCUAAUUCCCGCUAUGUACACGUCAGACAUCAACCUGCUUGACCGACUUUACCCCGACCCCCUCAAAGAUCCUAAAUCUCCUUACGUCGAAACCCGCCCGAUUAGAGUUGGCCCUCAGUACAAACGAGUUGCCGCUGCAUACGGACAAUUCGCUUACAUCUGCCCUGUUCGACAAACCGCGGAUCUAGCCUCCAAAGGCCAAACCGCGCCGGUUUACUUGUACCAUUGGGCGUUGAACAAAACAGUGCAGGGAGGCGCCAGCCAUGGCGACCAAGCGGAGUAUGAAAUAUUUAGCCCUGGCAUAAGACAAAUUUCCCCGGCGCAGGAGCAAAUAUCAGGCUUUCUUCAUGCGUAUUUUACUUCUUUCAUCACCAAGGGGGAUCCUAAUGCCAUCAAGGGCACGUUCGCAAACAGGCCGGCCUGGAACGCGUUCAAGGUUAGCACCCCAAAAAGCGUAAUGCUUUUUGGACAGGGAAAUGAUCAACGGGCGGGAGGAAAAGGGGUCGGUGUCCCGGCCCAAAUGACAGACAACAGGGCCUUCGAAACGGAAUGUAACUUCUGGUGGGAUCGAAGGCUUCUGACGGAAAAAUAA